AUGCCUCUCCCUGUGAAUGGAAGUCUUUCAUCUAAUGGUAACGCACAAUCAGUUGGAGGAGCAAAAUCUAUCAAGGAUGAAGCGUGGGAUCUAUUGAGACAGUCUAUUGUUUACUAUUGUGUGAGUCCUAUUGGAAUGAUUGCUGCUAAUGAUCCCAACUCUACAAGUGUCUUGAAUUAUGAUCAGAUCUUCAUUCUCUCUCGACGUCAUGAUCCGUCCACUGGGUAUGUGAGAUUCUCAGCUAAAGAAAACAACGAUACUUGCUCGUCGUUCAGGGUUCUCAAAGGGGUGCGAGGGUUGACCGACUCUACUGUAAUCGGCUAA